CCGGAGCUGCUGGAGCCUCACAUCCUGCAGCAGAACCGACACACACCGACACACACCGACACACACCGACACACCGGCCUCCUCCGCCUCCACGCCGCCGCCGCCGCCGCAGACAUGCCGUCCGACAGGCCCUUCAAGCAGCGGAGGACGUUCGCUGAUCGCUGCAAAGAAGUCCAGCAGAUCAGAGAGCAGCACCCCAACAAGAUCCCCGUGAUCAUUGAGCGCUAUAAGGGGGAGAAGCAGCUUCCGGUUCUGGAUAAAACCAAGUUUCUGGUUCCGGAUCACGUCAACAUGAGCGAGCUGGUGAAGAUCAUCCGGCGCCGCCUCCAGCUGAACCCCACCCAGGCCUUCUUCCUGCUGGUCAACCAGCACAGCAUGGUGUCGGUGUCGGCCGCCAUCGCCCAGAUCUACGAGCAGGAGCGGGACGAGGACGGCUUCCUCUACAUGGUCUACGCCUCGCAGGAGACCUUCGGCUGCUAGGACGGACGGGACGGGGGACGGACCCGUCCCCGGUAACCGCGGAGACCGGAGGACGGCCGUCCGUCUCGGCCCGUCUCUUCGUUUUAACGGGCGGUAGAUUCUCAUCACGCGACGCCGAGAGGACGUCCGUCCUCCGCUCGGUCCACCGAGGACAGGCGAGGGAGAGGAGGACGGACGUCUCUUGACCUUUGACCUCAGUGUGAGGGUCAGCGAGGUGAAGCUCCAGCAGUCGCCGACCACCAGGCUCAGCGAACGAGUUUUAGUCCGCAGUCAUUUGAAAUGUGCAAUACGUCCACGUCCCCCUCUGUCCCUCCGUCCCCCCCCCCCCCCCCCCCGCCAUCUGGAGGAGGAGCUUGUUUUGCACACGCUGACAGGAAGGUUAGUUUCUUGGCGGCUCUACACACUGCAUGUUCUCACUUUUUAUAUGACAGUACCUGGAUGUACGCUGUGUGACUGUAGCGUCCGGCUGCGGCGGCUGGCUGUACUGUCCGGCUGCGGCGGCUGGCUGUACUGUCCGGCUGCGGCGGCCGGCUGUACUGUCCGGCUGUAGGACGACAGGUGUUUUUCUGUUUCCCAAUCCCUCAUUGACGCAUCGCUGCAACCCGAUCAAGCUUUCGCCAAUAAACACGUUUCA